UGGUUACCAGUGCCUCACGAGGUGGCGGGUGUGUGUAUCUACACUCAAGAUACAUUACACUCCUUGUCUCUCUGUGUAUUACAGCAGUGGUGUUCCUCAAGCACAACACAAUGACGACAGAAAACGGAGAGGGAGACUUCGAUAAAACGAAGACGGACGCCACGGAGAUGGAAGAAGGGACCAAAGGAAAGGAGGUGAAGAAUAAGGUGACCUCCUCCUACGGGGUGGAUGACCUCAGCUGGGUGACCACCUUCGAGCACCUGCUUCAGGUGGUGGGGGAAAGCGGCAGGUGGAAUGUCCUUAUCUUCAUCAUGUGUUCUGCCGUUGCCUUCGUCUCACCGCUGCAAACUCUGUCGUACCAGUUCCUAGGGGCGACGCCGGACCACUGGUGCCACGUGGCGCCCCUGGUGGAGGCCAACUGGACCCAAAACCAGAUCCUCGAACUUGCCAUCCCCUUCAGCAACGCUACAGGGAAGCGCGAGGGUUGCCAGAUGCGGGACCUGGACUACAAGGCGGCCGCAGCGCUGGGCUACGAGGCCACCAUGCAGGACGUGGGGCAGGUCGGGGCCAACUCCUCUUCCGCCCUCAUCUUCUGCCCCGUCAGGGAGUUCAACCACUCCCAGUACGCCUCCACCGUCGUCACGGAGUGGGACCUGGUGUGUGAUCGCCGAGUGCUCUACUCCACAACACAAGCGGUGAUGCAGGGCGGUAAACUGGCAGGCUUUAUCAUCUUCGGCUACCUUGUUGAUGCGAUCGGACGUCGACCUGUGGUCCUGGUGUCCGUGGUCUUGUAUCUGACGGCAGGACUGCUGGCAGCUGCGGCGCCCAGCAUCGAACUCUACAUCGCGUUGAAGUUCCUGGUCGCUGCCGUGGGGGCCGGCCAGUACCUCAGUAUCUUCGUCUUCGUGAUGGAGACCUGCGCUUCCAAGUACCGGGCGGCGUCCGGGACGCUGGUGGUGGUCCCGUGGGCACUGGGAUAUAUGGUGGCUCCUGGCAUCGCCUACUUUAUACGACCCUGGAGGCUGUUGCAGGUCACCUACAGCGCCAUGGGCUUCUACCUCAUUAUAUACUUCUGGCUGUUGCCGGAGUCACCUCGCUGGCUUAUAGACCAGGGCCGCUACCAGGAGGCCCUCAAGGUUUUGACCUGGAUGGGGACCGUAAACAAGAAGACUCUGCCCUCUGACGAAGUCUUACUCUCUGCCAUGGAAAAUGUCAAUCAAAAGAAAGACCAACAGAAAGAGGAAUCAGAGAGCACUGCAAAAACCGGCUUACUUUCUCUUAUUUUGGUCACAAUGAAGAAGCUAGUCAUCUUAAUUCUUACUCCGGAGUGUCGAAGAAUGACGCUGGUGGUGUUCUUUUGCUGGUUCUCCGCCUCCAUGGUCUACUACGGCAUCGCCCUUAACGCCAAUAACCUCAGCACCGACCCUUACUUGUACAUCUUCCUCGGAGGGCUGCUGGAAGUACCGUCUUACCUCCUGCUGUGGCCAGCUCUCAUCUAUAUAGGGAGGAAGAAGACCCUUUCAGCGCUCUAUUUCUUCUGCUCCGUCUGUAUCUUCACCGUGAUGAUUCUCAUGGUGACAUAUCGUGGAGAAGCCGAGGUGGCCAUGGUGAUCUUCUCCCAAUGCGGCAAAGUGGCCGUGACCGCCGGGUUCCAGCUAGUCUGGAUGUACACAGCCGAGCUCUUCCCCACCAAGUACCGCUCGCUGGCCGUCGGCCAAUCCAGCUUCUGCGCGCGCCUCGGCAGCACCGCUUCCCCGUUCAUCAACGAUAUCUUGGGAGUGUACUCGGAGUGGGCGCCGUCAGCACUCUUCGGCGCCGUGUCCUUAAUCUCGGCAUCCCUGGCACUCCUCCUGCCGGAGACCAAGAGCUGUGACCUGCCAGAGUCUAACGGGUUCUUCAGCGCUAAGAAUGGAGCAGCAGCAGCAGCAGCAGCAGGAGCAGCAGGCGGCGGGGAGGCUGCACACAAGCAAGAUGAGAAAGGGGUUACCAACUUAUCAUUCAUCCCGGGUUUGGAAGACGCCCAGGAGCGCGCCGACUCACCACGAGAAAAGUGACCAACCCGAUCUCACUAGAUUUGCAUAGAAAACGUAAAUAUUGCGGUGCUUGGUUAGUAAUGCGCCGGAUUCUUUGAUGGAUCGGUCGAUUCCGUAACAAACG